AUGGAUUUCCUCCGGGUGGUUCUCCUGCUCCUGGGCUUCCUGCCGCUGGCCGCUGCCAUGUACUUCGAUCUGGGAGAGCAGGAGCAAAAAUGCAUCAUAGAGGAGAUUCCUGAGGACACCUUGGUGACAGGAAACUUCUUCUUGGAGCCGUGGGACGUCACGUCGUUCAGCCACUCGCCUCACCUGGGCGUCACGGUUACCGUCAGAGACCCAAACCAGGAAGUUCAGUUGUCCAAACGCUACGGAAAAUUUGGAAAAUUCACCUUCACAGCUCACGCCUCCGGCCAGCACCACCUGUGCUUCCAAACCAACACCACCAGGUUCUCUGUGUUCGCUGGAGAAAGGCUGAAGCUGCAUUUGGACGUUCAGAUGGGAGAGCACUCGGUAGAUCCCAACAUGGACCGGACCAAAGACAACCUGCAGAUUCUGGAGAGCAAUCUGCAACACCUGACCAGCCAGAUGACGUACAUCACCAGGCAGCAGGAGUACAACCGGGAAAAAGAGGAGAUUUUCCGUCAGAUCAGUGAGGAAACCAACAGCAAGGUGUUGUGGUGGGCAGUGAUCCAAACCUGCAUCCUGCUCUCUGUUGGUUUCUGGCAGAUCAAACGACUCAAAGACUUCUUCAUCGCCAAGAAACUGGUCUGA